AUGACGAAUCAAAUAUUGAUAGGGAUAACAGAUUUAGAUUUUAAUUGCAGUUAUUUUGUGAAAGUCUUUCAAGAUGGUGUGAAUAAUUAUAAGCCUUCUGUAUGUCGUUCUGUUUACUUGAGGAAUGCACCACGAACUAGAAGACUUCAUGCUGCACAAGCCAAAGAAAUGGCAGAAGAUAAUGAACAAUUAUUUAAUACUAGUACUAGUGAUAAAAGUGACAUAGAAAAUGUUUUAAAGGAUCUAAGUAAUGGGUUAAUAAAGAAUCCAAAUCAACCAUUAUUUAAGGUAAUAUUUAAAAAUUUAGAGAGUUGGCCAUUUUUACCAAAUUCAUUACAACAACAGCAUACUACAAGAAUAACAAUACUUGAUUCAUCAUUUAACCCACCUACAAAUGCACAUUUAGCAUUAUUGAAAAAUUCUAUCAUCAAUACCUAUAAUGACAAGUCACAACAACAACUUUUUCAUGGAAGUUUAUUACUUUAUUCUAUAAAUAAUUCAGAUAAAAUUCUUUCAUCAUCAGAUGCAAAACCAAUUGAUAGAUUAAUUAUGAUGAAGAUUUUAGCUUCUUAUAUUAUUAAUUCACCAGAAUCGAUUAAUAAUCCAGCACUUCAAAAUAUAGCAGUUGGAGGUUAUGAUAAUGAUGAAAUAGAAAAAUUUUUUAAUAGUGAAAUUGUCAAAGAAAUCACUAAUGAUAAUAAUAACAAUGAUGAAAAAAAGAUUUUAACAAUCAUUUUAAAUGAUGAAAUUUCAAAGAUUUCUUCAACUAAAGUUAGAGAAUUAAUAAAAAAUCAGUCCGACAAAGAAUCAUUGCCCCAGGAUAAGUUUAAUGAAUUAUUAUAUGAAUU